AUGAAGUCGAUGCGAACGUCUUUCCAACUCUUUUCAAGCGACGUCCAGCAGCACAUGAACCUCAUUUCGGAACAGCUCGAGGAAAUUAGUCGCCGACGAACACCGUCACCUGUGAUCCCGCACGUGGUGGACAAGUACGACCCGGACCACCCAGACGCAGACUGGGGAGGCUACGUGCGCCGUUCAGCCAAGAAGCGCUUCUACACGAACCAAUCCUCCAAACUGUUUGAGCCUCAGCAAAACUCAUCAGGUGAUCAAGUCCCUGGUAUUCCCUUCCAGAGUGCUGUCUAUCAGGUCGGUCCAGGGAACAAUGUCAGUUGCAGUGACUGGAAAACAUCGUACGCGGCGCAAACGUCGAUGGAGUCGACGCCUAAAGACAACUACGUGCUGGGCACGCGGCAGAAUUCGCAGCCUAAACGCCAUGUGACUCCAAUGGUAAAACGUCGAGGACGACAGAAUUCAGCACGGACCCAGUCUCCUUCAACUCCUUGGGAGACUGGUCGAGGCGUGUCCCCACCAUUAGGCGCAAGUGGUAGCAGCGGUUCGCUUUCUGGUCGUCGAAUUGAUUCGCGUCGAUCCCUACUCGCGGGCAUCGGAAAACUCGUUGCAGCGGAGGAUCUGGGCGGAAUACUUCCUACACCAGAGCGACAUUUAGCGGAGAGCUACGCAAACCCCACGUCCAAGACGCUGCUCGCAGAGAACUAG